GUUCAGCUUUAGAAACCAGAGUUCCUUUCGUCUCCUUUCCACGCUGUUUCUGAGCCAUUUCAUCGUGGCUUCCUCUCUGUAGCCAAACAUUUUCCCAGCUCGAGGCUGAUCAAGACCUGGUAAUUGGGAAACAUGGCAGCACUGGAGAUUACAGAUGGCAUUAACAUUAAUGCUGCUAUAGAUAGUGUCCAGAAUGGACGGCAUAACCAUAAUAUUGAGCUCGUAGUAGUCCCUCAACAACCACCUCCUACUGGUGAUGGAGUGGAAAGAAAAAGGCACUUGCAAUUGUAUCAAGCCACUCUGAGUGGUGAUUGGGACACAGCUGAAGGCAUUUAUAAGUUAUUUCCUGGAGAAGUUAAUGCUAGGAUAACUAAGCGAGGGGAGACUGCUCUACAUAUUGCAGCUGCUGCGGAGCACACUCAUUUUGUGAAACAGCUUGUUGGAUUGAUGAGCAAAGAGGCUUUAACUUAUAGAAGUAGUGCUGGCAAUACAGCAUUUUGCUUUGCUGCUAUAUCUGGAGUUGAGGCACUUGCCAGAGUCAUGAUGGAGGAAAAACGCGAUUUGGCAAUGACUCGAGGUAGAGGAAACCUGUUACCAAUUUACAUGGCAACUCUAUUGGGGCAUAGAGGGAUGGUAUCAUAUCUUUAUGAUGAAACAAGCGAGCAGUUAACCGAUGAUGAUCGCAUAAAGUUACUUGUUGCUUUGAUCAACAGUGACAUAUAUGAUGUAGCAUGGAAAAUGCUAAAAGAACAUCGCGGGUUGGCCUAUGCUCGUGAUGAACAUCAGCUGACGGCAUUGCAUGCAUUUUCUCAGAAGUCUUGUAUGCCUUCAAACAUUGUCGAUCAAAGUCCUCCAGGAUUUUGGAACAAAUGCCUCAACCCCUUUUCAGAAGUCAAAUUGGCUCGGAUGAAGAAACUUAUGCACAAACAAGCACUUGACAUAAUCCAGUACCUUUGGGAACAAGUUGUAUUGUUGGAUGAUGCAACAAUUUCUCGUCAGAUUGGAGAGCCCUUCCCAUUGAUAUUCACUGCUGCAGAAAGAGGGAAUCUUGACUUUCUAACAAUACUCAUUCGCUUGUAUCCUGAGUUGAUCUUCAAAGUUGAGCACAAUAUGUAUAGCAUAUUUCAUAUUUCUAUCUUGAAUCGUCACGAGGACAUCUUCAAGAUUAUAUACCAGAUUGGUUCUAUCAAGAAUUUGAUAACAACAUACAAAGAUAGAGAAGGAAAUAAUAUGCUGCAUUUGGCUGCAAAAGUACUGGAAUCACCAAGCCGACUUAAUGUUAUACCAGGAGCAGCUUUACAACUGCAACGCGAAUUGCUGUGGUUUGAGGAAGUGAAAAAAGUCGUUCAACCACGGCACAUUGAAGAAAAAAAUACUAAUGGGAAAACUCCUGGAGCUUUAUUUAUAGAACAGCACAAGGACUUGAUGAAAGAAGGGGAGCAAUGGAUGAGAGAUACUGCUGAUUCAUGCAUGCUUGUAGCAACACUUAUUGCCACUGUGGUUUUUGCAGCAGCUUUUACCGUACCAGGAGGUAAUCUACAAGAUAAAGGGACUCCUGUUUUCCUUAAGGAAAUUGCAUUCAAAUUCUUUGCCAUAUCAGAUGCAAUAUCUCUAGUAACCUCUGCCUCAUCCUUGUUAACCUUCUUGUCAAUUCGCACUUCUCGGUACGCAGAACAAAAUUUUCUUUGGUCAUUGCCUAACAGGUUGAUUAUCGGACUCACAACACUUUUCAUAUCAAUUGGGGCAAUGAUGGUAGCCUUUAUGGCAACAUUUUUCCUUGUUUUCAGCAAUAAAUUACUACCAUAUUCUAUCCCUAUUGCUGUCGUUGCUUCUUUUCCAGUCAUUUUCUUCAUUUGGCAGCAUUUCCGUUUAUUCGUUGACAUGAUCCAUUCAACUUAUACGUCUCGGUCACUUUUCAAGCCAAAUAAAGCUCCUCUCUUUUCCAAGAAACUCAAGACAAAGGUUGCUUAACUUCCAUGUAUUAUUAUUCUACAGAAUGCUUUCACAUCUGUAAGAAAAUGCUUGCGUUCAUGUUAUAAAAGUCGU